UCGCUCGGGCUAAGCAUGAGUCUCGGAUUGCCACAAGUGCCACAGCCACCGUCGGCGUCAUCGCUCAAUCUGACGCACCCAUCGGCGGGACUGGUCCCGCAGCCACCACCCCCCGGCAGUGCCCUUGGUCACCCGUCGAUACCGACGAGUCUGGCGGCGGCCGCUGCCGCAUACAGCCACAGCAUCGCCUCAACGAUGAACUCCUCCUACCACUCGUCCAUGGCGCACAUGGGCGGACUGAAUCUGUCGCAUUCGGCGGCCGCGUUGGCCUCGGCCCAGAACCUCAGCCUUGCCGGUCACAUUCCACCACCGGCACACCUAUCGGCCGCCGGUUCUCCGGUUCUACCCGUAGUGUCGUCGGCUAGCGGUGGGGCUGUCGGCGGUGGUCAUCAUCUGGCUCCCUCACCCCAUCAUCUCUCACCCCACGGCGCUCCGUUGGCGCUAACGUCGAGCAAAUCGUCCACCCAUCCGUCACCACAUCCGGCGACCCGAGCUUCCCCUUCAUCACCGGUGGUAGCGGCCCCUAGUGGUCCCAUCAGCAGUAGUAGUACGAGCAAUAGCAGCGCAGCACCACCACCGCAUCCAUACUACACGGCCGCGGCAAUGGCCGCCGCUGCUGCAGCCGCCGUUGGUUCACCACUCUCGCUGAGUAGCAAACCGCAUCCGGGACACGGUGCUCCACCAUCAUCGGUCGGUAGCAAUCAUCAUUUGCAUCAUCUGCAACCACCGCAUCAUCAUCCGCCCUUAUCACACCCCGGAGCCCAAACGCAACCCUCACCCCACGGUCCACCGUCGUCGUCGGCGUCCUCUGCGUCAUCGGGGCCCGCACCACCACCGGGUAGUCGAAGCAGUGCCGUGAUUACUCCGCCCUCGAGUGUUACGUCUUCGCACUAUCAGGCAGCGGCGGCAGCAGCCGCUCAUCAUCAGCAUCACGCUGCACUGGUGGCCGCCGCAGCAGCUGCAGCCGAUCAGCGGCACGCUGCUGCUCAUCGCAGUGCCAGUGCACACCGUAUUGCUGAACCAUCAGCUGCACCUUCUACCGGGCUAGGGGCACCACCACCACCACCGCCUACAUCGGCAUCGCAGGCUGCAUCCGGUCCGGAUCACAGUGUAAAUAGUACAAAUGUCGUUAGUAUUAGCAGCAGCAGCAGCAGCAGCAACAGUAACGGUAGCACCAAUAGCAACAGCAUCAACAAUAUGGCCUCAAACACUCCGAAUGAGCCAUUGGCUACGAGCGGCUCUAAAUCACGCUCACCACCAGCGGCGGUUGCAUCAAUUGGUUCUAGUAUGCCAGCUGGUCCACCGCUAGGUGACGGUAUUGCGAACAGCCUCGUCAUCAAGUCGAAUACCGCCAGCACUGCGCAACCGCUGGAUGAUGCGACCGGUGGAGUGAUAACGAAACGACGCAGUUCAUCCUCACCGGUUGACCGAAAUGCAGCAUCAGCAAACCAACCGGCAGCUGGUACUGGUGCCGAACGCCCAGAAACCAAUGGCGGUAUGUCCGAUUCACGACCCGGUUCGCGUAGCAUCGAAACGACGGAUGCAGGGUCGACUGCCGCUGCUGGAGUGGUGAAGGAUGCGAAGGAGUCUAUUGAUGCUACUGGUGCUUCCGUGCAAGGUACCAAUGCGAAGGAAGAAGCAACUGCGAAAGAGCUAGCGGCCUCUCCUCACGACAACGGAACCAGCAACAACGAUGGUGCCGGUACAGAGAAGCAUCAUCGGCAGCACCAAUCGCCACCGACGACGAUAUCCGGCAAUAGCAACGGAGGUGGGCCACCACAAUCGCUUGGUGGAACUGUGACGGAAGGUAACACAUCUGCUGCCAGCAAUUUAACGACUGUGGCCACGGGAGCACCAGGCAGAGAGACCGGCAACAACGAUAGCCGGUCUCCUCCUCUGCUGACAUCAAACACAACAAACAACAACAACAACCACAGUUCCGGAGCAACCGCAGGUAAUAAGAUGCCGGAAAGCGGAACAGUAACCACGGAGCACGAGCAUGAGCGCACGAAGGUGUCUACCGGUAGUUCGAUUAAGCUUAAUAGUGGUGCUGAAGGUGUAGCAGCAACACCAACACCACCACCAGCAAAGCGUGAUCGACGAUCGCCACUUAUGCCUCAUCACCACAACCCAGCUAGUGCCCGGGGGGGAGUGAUGGCCGAUGAGAAGAUGGAUGACUCGCCUGCCGAACCGAUCACGUUGGCUGCGAGUACAGAGAACGGAAAGAAAGGCAGUGGUGGUGUUGGCGGUUCGCUGACGGGUGCUAAUGGUGAACCGACGGUAGCUAUUACUUCGGCCACCAACACCAGCGUCAUUGUUAGUGAGGCACUGAACAAUGGAGCGAGAGGAGAAAAUCGGUGAACCUUUCUCAAAACGCAUUAGCAUUAGUAGCACUAAUAGUAGCAAUAGCUCUAGUAGUAGAAGUAGUAGCAGUAGUAGGCCCCUAGCCAAAUGUUCUUUCAUGUUUAAGAACGUUCGCGAAAUAUAAAUCACGUGGAGGAGGCUCCGUUUUGCGAAUGGCGAUCUGACUUAACCUUUGGUCUUCACAUAUCCUAUCGAAAACGAAUAAAACGGCACAAAAUAAUCAUCCUGGCAGAAAAGUGUGUUGUGUAUAGGAUGACGGACAGUGGUAGGCACGAUGAUGAUAGUUAGGCGUAAGACGACUUGCAUUGUAAUUUGUUGUAAAUACUUGACGAACUUAAAGUUAGGCUAGUAACAAACACACCCGACAUGGAGCAGUAAAGACGUGUAGGUGACAGGUAGGGAAAAGCUGACCGGCAGAAGUUGGGAGCUGUUGCGGUAGUGUUUCGUUUCUGAGGUAGUUGUCAAUGAUGUAAGGAGAAGAGAGAUAGACCUUAGCUUCCUGAGCGAAGGAGAGGCUAGGCUACCUUACCCAAGGAAUAGAUGGCUACAUUGUAAGCUCACCGAUUGGUGGUUCCAUGUGUUAGUCUUUUAGCUUAGUAAGUUAGCUGUUUUAAUUUUACGCUACUUUACUCUCUCACCACCUCUCUCACACACAUACACACACUCUUUCUCUCUCUAUGUCGUAAAUCACCUGCUUCUUAUCUUUCGCUUUUUACCUCGAUGUAACUUUGCAUAUUCGAGAUUUUUCCGGUUGCCGGUUCUGUACCUACCAGCCAGAUGCAAACCAGUCUAUUAGAUAAGAGAAGAUCGAGUUAAUAAUGGGAUGGGCAAAUAGAUGUACCAAUCCAGAGCCUCGUUACGAAGAUCUUAUACUUCUUCCGCCGUGAAGUAGCGUAACCAUUCUUAACUUGUUCGUUUGUAAAUUCGAAGCUAGUUGUAAGACAUUCAUUUAAAUAUAUAUAGCCCCUACCGAAUCAUAAUCCCUCUCCUUACUCGCCACGAGGUCUAGGCAUAUGGUCCUCCCGUUUCCCAUGGCCCGUCGCACGCACUACGCUUCGAUUCCUUCCCUAUAAGUGGGCUCUUACUUUAGUUGCAACAAUAUCGCGAAUGCGAAAGGAUAAAUAAUCGACGAGCGAGGCAAAGGAACAGAAAGAUAGAUAGAGAGAAAAUGAGAGAUAGAGGAGUGUAUCAUACCUACGAAAGCUUACUCAACCGGUGAGUGCUAGGGUGUGUUUAGUGUUAGAGGCGGUUACAGUACCUAGAGAUAGAUAGGCACGUUACUGGAUCGGAACCGGAAUGGUCAGACAGCUUAGAUAGAGAAGGAAGGUGUGACGUAGCUGCGCAGAAGAGGUGCAGAUGGCGAAUACGCUGUGUGUAGUGUAUUGUACACUGGGCGACCGUGAAGUGCUACGUAAAUGUAAAAAAGCGAGGAAACAAAAAAAGAAACACACACAGACACAGAACAGUUAUCAAAAGC